UUAUGAGCACUGUUCUUUGACAGGCAUUCUUUAAUAUAAAUUGCUUUUAAGACAGUUAUUUAAUUAAAAUAUACCUCUGAAGAUAAAUACAAGUAUUUAAUUCAUUUACCCACAAACCUAGAGCGAAAAUGGCAGCCUCCAUGUCGUCUUCCGCAUAAACAAGGAACUUCCCCCGAAAGUGACUGAGAUACAAACACUUUUAUCUCAAAUAUUUAUUUUGUGUACUAGUAGAUCUAAAUAUCUUUUGUGGAAAGUUUGGAGGAGAAUGUUUUGAUAUUUGUAUUGAACUAAUUUGUAAGCAGAGUUGCUUGAUAACAGCCAUGAACCAAGGCCAAGAAGUUGAGAAUGAAGAAGAUGAUGACUUUGGAGACUUUGGUGGCUUUGAGGGGGCGGAGCCUGUGCCAGAUCUACCAGUGCCUCAGGCCCAGGCGGCCGCGUCUCCCUGGGCUGUGCUCACCACAGGCUCAGCUUCGGGCCGACCAGACUUACUGUGUGCACAGAACAGAUUCCCCACUUACCUGGACCCUUCAGAUAUUUCCAACGCAUCAGGGGGCUCGGCCGAUGUGAAUCUGAACAACCGUGCUGAGGCGGCCCCUCCACAAGCGCCGGUUGACUUGUUCAAUGCUGACUUCCCGCAGAAUGCUAACCAUGUAAACCAAGCCCGCAUCGCAGAAAAUGUUUUAGAUGGAACGCUAAAUGUGACAGCUGGUGCCAACUUGGUUCCUGCGCCUGGUCAGGUGAACGGACGACUUCCUGACAUUGGCUUGGGCAUCAACGAGAAUCGCCUGUUUGGCCAGGCACCUCCUGCAGCGAGUCCUGGCCACCCCGAUGCUCUGCCGAUCAACGACCAGCCUCCGCUCAAUCUGCCCGGAGAGGAAGUGCCGGCAGCAGCGAGGGUGCCAGUGGUGGCUCCCCCUCCAGCACAAGACGGGGCAGAAGAGGAAAACGUCGCGAAUCGCCCGAGAGAGCCAGAAGUAGAGGCAGCCCCUGCGGAAGAGGCCGGUGAUGGUCAGAAUGCUCAACAAAACGCUGCGGAGAAGAGUGCCUUGCAGGAGCAAAUAAAUUCUUUACUGGAGCGGAAUCAAGCGCUAGAAGAGGAACUAAGACGCUCUCAGGAGGAACUGGCCUCACGUCAGUCUCGGCUGCAAGAAAUGCAGGCUCGUCACGAGGGGGCACUAGCAGACAUGCGUAGUGCUGGGAGUGAGGCUGUGGCAGUGGUGGUGGAGCAGUACAAGGAGCAGUCGCAGGUGCUGAUCGCUGAGCAACAGGAAGUGGCACAGCGCCACCUGGUGGAGACGCUGACAGAGCAGACGAAGAGCUUCCAAGACAUGCUGGCUGCCCAGCAAGCUGAACGUGAGGAAGAACGAGAGAAGGAAAGGGCAGAAGUGGAAAGACAGAUUACGCAGGCUUUGGAGGCAGCAAGACAGAAACAGGAGGAGCAGUUUGAAGCCUUCCUCCAGGCGGAGAGAGAGAAGCAACGCAAGGCUGUGGAGGAAGCGGUGGAGGCAGAGAGAGUGGCGAGUGAAGGAAGGUUGCAGGAAGCCAUCGCUGCCCAACAGGAGCAGGCUCGCACACAGCUGGAGGCUCUCAGGGUGGAUUACUCCCAGCAGCUGGAGGAGGAACGACAGAGUCAUGAGGCAGCACUACGCACCGUCAGGGAGGAGGAGAAAGAACUCGCAAAGGAACAACUGUCGGAGUUAGGCAGAGAGGAGCGAGAACGGAGGAGGGAGGCGGUGCAGACAGCACUGUCAGAAGCCCGGCAGGACACACGGGCGUACAUCGAGGAACAGAGACAGGCUGAUGCCAGGGUGCGGAGGCGACAUCUUGCAAGUCUUGACGUGUUUCUGGAGUCGUCACGGCAACAGAUCGCUCUGCUCCUCGAGGCUGAGAGGCCAAGGGCCGAUGAUGCGGAGCAGAGACAAGAAGAGGAAAACAAAGAUUCCUGAGGGAUAAAUGUAAUGUUGAGUGGGGUACCGGUGGAGAAUUAUUGACUGUAUAGUUCGAGCUGUUUUUGUGGUGUCUAUGACUAUGAGAGAGAGAGGGAGUUGAUGUGAGCAUGAAAAAUAUUGUAAAAAUGUGAUUGUUUUGAGAUGAAGAGAGAGUAUGUGUACACGAUGCACAUAUGUGCGUAUGUAAGUAUCUGUGAAUGAGUGAAUGGAAUGAGAAAAACAUACAAUGUUAUGAGGGAAGACUUUGUUGCUUUCUUUCUUUCUUUCCCUUUUGAAAAAAAAUAUAUAUCUGGAGGAAAAAAUAUUUAUUCUUGCUUGUUUUCAGGGACUGUCAUAAAAUACUUGUAGUUUUGAAUCUCCAGCGUUUGUUGCGGAAGAGAAUGAGCAUUCUUUGUGAACAAACAGCAUUUUACAUUUUGUGUAGCUUCUUUUUCCUUGCAAUACGGCGGGAAUGGUGCAUAAUUAAAGGUAUUCAUGAUGAAAUUGA